AUGGCACUUCAACGCACUCUCCUCUUUGUAAUUCUACUUGUAUUUAGCUUAGCUUUGGCAACUAGUACUAUAGGUACCUCCCUAAGCCAUUACGAUGUUACUUCCAUCAACCGGAGCACCUUUCCGGCAGGUUUUAUAUUCGGGACAGCUUCUUCGGCUUACCAGUAUGAAGGUGCUGCAAAAGAAGAUGGAAGAGGACCAAGCAUAUGGGACACAUACACUCACAUAUAUCCAGAUAAGAUAAAGGACCGCAGCACCGGAGACGUAGCUAUUGAUGCAUAUCACCGCUACAAGGUACUCUAUAUGAAUUUGGAAAUUUUGAUCGUAUCAUUUAUUUUAAAAUAUUAUGACUGA